CCUGUUUGGGCGUUGCUGCUUUUUAUUUACGUUUCUGAAUUUGUUCAAUUUUGUAAAUAAAACAACGUUUUAGUGCAGAAACCAUUGUAGGAAAUGCAAUCCCAGACGAAUCUCAUCGCAGUAUUGCUGCUGGCAGCUCUGAUUCAUGAAGGCGCUGCGAUCUGGUGCUACCGCUGCACAUCCGCCACGCCCGGUUGCGCGGAGAACUUUAACUGGCGAGGAAUAGGCUUCCUGGGCGAACACUGCCCGGAGCCCAACGACAUCUGCGUGAAGGUGACAGAGCGACGUGGCGCCAAGGAGACCAUCACCCGCGAAUGCCUUAGUGCCCUGAGCUUCCGCAAGGAUAUACCCGCUGACAAGUAUGAGGGCUGUCGUCCUGCCGCCAAGAUGGUGAAUCUGGGGCACUACGUCAACCACACGAUCAAGGAGCACGACGUGAAGCGCGACUACUUCACGGAUACAGAGUUCUGCUUCUGCUUCCUUGACCACCGCUGCAACGGAGCCGGCGGAAUGCGAGUCUCGGCCAUCGUGGGUUUGCUUGCCGUAGCCACUGCGCUGUUCUUCCGCUAAAGCAUCACCACGGAGGUGGCUUUGCCAAAGUGCCUUAGUAACAAUACUAAACAACGACGAAUCUCGUCUAACAUUCCGUCCGCACAUUCCACGACUUUGUACAACUUUUUUGCGUAUUGCAUACACCUUUUAGAGACUUGUGUUUACUCAACUAAUUAAAUACAUUUUACAAUA